CCACAGACCGCCCACAGCAGGCAGCUAGAUCCGCUACACUAAUCUCGUCGCCGGCCGAAAGCCUCCACUUGUUAGCUCCCACCACGACCGAUGGCGGCGGAGCAGGGGCGCAUGACCGGCACCAACCUCCGGCGUACCUUGUCCGAGCCAACUGGCGAGAUGAAGAAACCCGGGAAGCAGACACCCAUUGCUCCCUUCGUCAUGCCGCGGCAGACUACCAAGGGACGCCACCCCGUGCUCACCUCCGGCCCGGAGGGUGUUGACCACGUGGCUAUUCAGGUUACUGACAGUCCUGAGGUUCACAACAACAACUCCGGGCCACAGGGUUAUGACAAUGAGGCUAUUCCGGCUACUGGCAGCCCUCAGAUUCCAAACAACAACUCCGGGCCACAGGGUUAUGACAAUGAGGCUAUUCCGGCUACUGGCAGCCCUCAGGUUCCCAACAACAACUCCGGGCCACAGGGUUAUGACAAUGAGGCUAUUCCGGCUACUGGCAGCCCUCAGGUUCCCAACAACAACUCCGGGCCACAGGAUGGCAACUACUACAACGAUUGUAAGCUGGCCGCUUUGGCUGGUCUUGCUGACUGCGCGACAGGCAUCGCAGCUCUCGUGUACAAUCGUCCGAGCAGCGACGGGCCUGUGUACCUCGUGGGUGUAGGAAUCGUCCUCGUCGCCGGCGUGGCAGAGAUGCUGGCCGCACUCUGGGUCGCAUAUGACGUCCGCAACCGUGGCGCCGCUGGGAGGAAGAUCAUGUACGUGUCCGUGUUUAUGCUUGUGCUCGGCAUCGUGGUUGGCAUCUUUGCCUACAGGCUCAAGAAGUGAGGAAGAACCAAUCGACGCCUGCAUGAUCAUCUGUGGCAAGAAUAAUAAGUAUUGUACACUUGCAUCUCUAUCACCUGAUACUGUGCUUGCCUGGAGUGAGGUCAUGUUUCUGUAUUUCUGUCAAACCAUGCCACGUUUACUUUAUCGGUACGUGUGCACUUUGUACUCAUUGCGGCUGUAUUACCUCAGUACGACAUUUGAGUCAAUAAUAUCCCUUUCGUCGA